UUAGCCGUGACAAUCCCUGAGUUUUAUGUUGAAUUUUAAUAAAGAAAAGAAUAGUAAAAAUUAAUUUUUUUCACACAGUUUAUUAUAAUUUUUUUUACUAUAUAUAAACGAAACGAAUAUUUGAAUUUGUUGUUAAUUUGAUAAAAUUAAGAUUACUAUUUGACGUUUAUUUGCGCCAUUUAAAAAGAAAUGAUAAACAAAUUACACAAGAGAAAUGAUUGUUGCCAAAGAAGCUGAUUUUUCAAAAGGUUUUUGGUUGGAAAUAUUAUUUCGUGCAUUCCUGGCUGUAAUAUUUUUAAAGUUGGAAUAUGCAGAACCUUUUGAAAGAAAAAUUCAUCCCGAAGAACUUUGGUUAUAUAAAAAUCCACAAAAAGAAGAUUAUGUACCAACAAAUGUUUUAUGGCCUCUCGUCUUCUUUCCACCAAUUGCCAUAAUUGUUAUUACAUUUCAAAUUACAAAGGACAAAUUUGAUCUUCGACAAGGAAUACUUUGUUCAACACUUGCUUUAGCUUUAAGCGGAAUAUUAGUAGAUAUUUUAAAAUUAAUUGUCGGUAGACCGAGGCCAGAUUUUUUCUGGCGUUGUUUUCCAAAUGGAGACACAAAUUUAGAAUUAAAUUGUAAUGGUGAUCAUCGUGUUAUAAUGGAAGGCAGAAAAUCAUUUCCAAGUGGACAUUGCUCGUUUGCGUUCGCUAGUUGUGGAUUUAUUGCCUUCUAUUUAGCUGGGAAAUUGCGCACAUUUACAUUAAGUGGAAAAGGAUAUUCUUGGAAUUUGUGUGCAUUUUUAAUUCCAUUAGUAAUUGCACUUAUUGUGGCCUUGAGUCGAACUUGUGAUUAUCAUCAUCAUUGGCAAGAUGUCUUAAUUGGAUCCCUCAUUGGAUUUGGUAUUUCUUAUUUAUGUUAUAGACAUUAUUAUCCAUCUUUGGAUUCUCAAUUUUGUCAUCGACCUUAUUUAAUAAGCGUUAAUUGAAUUUAUAUAUAUAUAUAUACAUUUUAUUAUUAAUUUAUUAUUUAUUUAUUUGCUGCUUUGUGAUAAUUUUCUAUAUAUAUAGGUCCAAUGUUUCAGUAUUUUUCAUCCAAAAAUGUAUAACAAUAUAGUUAAAUAUUUUUAAUGAAAAUUAUAAAUAUUUAUCUAUUUUUUAAAUAAAUAAAUAAUUUAAUAUAUUAAAUAAA